AUGUCUGACACUAGUUCUUCCAAGCCCUUUAAAGUCUUGAAGCCGGCGGACUUUGAUGGCUCCAAAGAAGCAUUCGUGGUGUGGUGGACCUGUCUGACUACUGCUACCGCUCUCUAUCCUGUGCUGAUGCUAUCUCGGCUAAUGCCAAGUCCCCUAAUGCUACCUCUUGCUCGUUCUGCCUUGUCCCGUUCUGCUUAG